AUGGAUGAACGAGAUUAUAAGUCUCUGACUAUCAGAAGUGGACGACUGGCAGGGUUGGAUGUUAUUCCAGAGCCCAUUGUACCACUUUUAUGCCAUGCCAGUUUUCUUGGAACUGUUUGGAUGAGCCGUAUGGAGCUCAUUAGUGGGAUCAUUUCUUAUGGGCUCAUUGAGAAUGAUUUUGAUCUAGUUCAUGGCCUAUUAGAAGUAUGGAGACCAGAGACUUAUACAUUUCAUAUGCUUUCGGGAGAGGUUACUGUGACACUCGAGGAUGUUGCAAUGAUCAUCGAUCUUCCUACAAAUGGUGAACUUAUUAUUGGCAUGUCCGAAACACGAGAUUUUCUACAUUUGGUUCCACAACUUCUUGGGAGGACCCCAAAUGCAUCUAAUUUGAAGGGUGGUACUCUUAAGAUGACAUGGUUGGAUCGACGGUUUUCAAAUGUCGAGGAUUAG